UUUGCCACAAGGGCCACAAAGGAAAAACCUUUAUCGUAAUAUAAGGACAAAGAACAAUAGGGGUUUAUGUAUACAGGUGUGAAUGAUUAAAAAAGAAACAAUUGCAAUUAGCAAGAAAAAUUGAUACCGAAAAUAUUCUCCCGGGCAGAGGUGAGUACCCCAUAGGAGCAAGCAAAGUACCCUACUGCUCCUGAAUCACUCUGACUGACUGGCAACGGUAACCACAGAGAAGUACCCCUCUCUCAGCUGCUUUCGACAACCCACAGGCACAAACUCAGAGCAACCUCAUUCACUCGGUGGGCCAUCCUUGCCACGUUUCCCCACCUUUUCAUAAAUAUACUGGCGGAGGUGAGGGCAGCAGCCCUAUUUCCACAGUCCUGUUCCUUUACAUGAUAAUAAUAAUAACAAUAACUUAUUAGUCUUAUCAUUGUUAUUAUUAAGUAUAAAAAACCUUUCAUUGUACAAUCACUGAUAUCCUGUUUCCUGGGUAUUUCUUAAAAGAAUAUAUUAUUAAAUAUUAAGGUCUUUCUUUCCGUAAUAAUAACAAAAUAUUAUUAUUUGCCUUUCAUUCUUUUGGGGUCAAUAAAACAAGUAUCAGUUGAACACUGGGGUCAGUGUAGCCGACUAACCACCUUCCCUUGAAAUUUCUGACCUUCUGCCAACAUUUCAAACAAUUAUUACUAUUAUACCUGGAAGCCUUUUGUUGUACAUCUACAACUUGAUCAGAGAGACCCUGUUUUCCGGUAGUCCAACUAUUACUAUUAUUAUUAUUGAUUACUAAAGUAUUUCUUGAUUCAUCAACAACCCAGUUGUUACGCUAAUGAGUCUGUUAAUUAUCAAUUGCUGACCACCAGUUCUAAUAGGUGAGGGUCUCAUUAUUUUUCUUUUCAGAAUUUUUCAUUUUCUAAGAAAGAAAACGAAACUCACUUCACAGUAUACAGUGAACUUUGAUAAGGAAUUUUGAACCAGUAUGGUUUUAAUCCUUUAGCAUUUGAACAGGCCACAUUUGCUCAAAAUAUUCUACCUGUUUUAUGCUUAAACCAGAAAAAUCCGGCCUCUCACACUUACUCUACAAUGCCGUUCUAAGAGUAAACACUCACAUCAAUGGGAUCUUGAACCUAUGAUAUAAUCCUUUUUUAAUUCAAAACAGUUUGAAUAAAUAAGAAUUACAUUUGACAGAAUAAUUCUGUAAGCUAAAAGGUUGACACUUUAGCAUUUAAACCAACCGUAUUCGGCCUAAAUAUUCUAACUUUUUAUGUUCAAACUGGCCUGGUCUGGCCUCUUACACUUGCCCUACAAUGCAAUUCUAAAAACAUAUAAUCACACAAUCAAAAUCUCAAAGCUGCAAUAUAACGCAUGAUUAAUUUAAACUAUUAAUUAGCAUUACAAUUAACAGAGUUAAUUGUAAUAAAUAGAGUUCAACUCUUGAGGAUUUAAUCUGGCCAUAUCCAACCCCAAAACGGUGAGAUCCAACUUCUUACACUUGCCCUACAAUGUUACUCUAAAAAUAAACAGUCACGUCGAGAAAUCUUGAAGCUACAAGCUACUUUGCUUUUAUUCCAUUUUCCAAAGAACUUGAGCAAAUCAAUGAUGGAAAAUAUCUGACAUUGUCACACAAAAGACAAACAAAAAUACGGAUAUUUAAGGAAAAAAAAGAAAAACGGAAAUUUAAACAAUUGACCCAAAAUGGCCGCUGAAAACACAACACGACAUGCGGAAGCUUAUUAUUUAUACCUUAUUGCAGGAAUUGGACUGUUUUUCAACUCUUUGGUGAUUCUAUGCAUCAUUUUUAAGAAGUCGCUUCGCCGAAUGACCAGUGCAUUUUUGGUGCACGCCUGUUUGCUCAAUGAGUUCCGCUCUAUGUUUUGCAUCCUGUUUGCAAACAACCUCCUCAGCCAGCGCCAACCCAGCAACUGCGACUUGGAGGGUUCCACUUACAUCGUCAUUAUGACGGUUUAUACAUUUAACAUGGUCGCCAUGGUGUGUUGCGAAGCGUACACGUUCGGAGAAACGAACAUUGGCGGUGAUGCGAAAGGUACGUUCUGCUGUGUGUUGUUCGGACUUGUUAUGGUAUAUAUAGGGAGCUUGAUAUUGCAUUUGGGACCCACGCUAAUUGGAGGCUACUUCGGUUUUCAUCCAGAUAUUGGAAAUUGCUCUUUCAUUCUCGGACAAGUAGAGAGUUAUGUUGCUUAUACGAUGUGGAUAGCAAUUGUGAGUCUGGCACUGGUUGCCAUAGCGCACUAUAUCUCGAGGUUGUACAAAGAAAUACAGGUAAACCAACCAAAUCGUGUCUCCAUGUUGGUUCGUUCCUCCAUUUGCUUCGCCAAUGCGCCAAAGGUUUCGGAGAGCAGCGUACGUGCAAUGGUCGACGAUUCCCUGCACCGUGCCAAGCUCUUCAUCGCCGUCUCGGUGAGCUUCGCUGCAUGCUGGUACCCACUCUUUGCGCUCAUCUUGAUCGACAUGAAAUUCCAGGUGUCGCCGAAAGUCUACCAAGCGUUCAGCUUCAUCGCCUGGACACAGUCAGCCAUCGAACCCAUACUCUACACCUUCCUCGAUCGGAAGCUCAACCUGUUCGUGCGCUACGUGUCCUGCGGCGGGCAACGGAAGUACGACAUGGAGACUAUAGUGUCACUAAUGUCGCAGUAUCAACAAGCCGUGGCGCAACAAGACCUGCCUGACAACGAAACCGGUCAACUGCGCCGCCAACAGCAACAACCACAACAACAACAGCAGCACUACCCCCACCACCACCACCACCAUCACCACCAUCAUCACCCACAGCAGCAGCAGCAGCAUCGCCUUCGACAACAGGGUUAUGCAGUAGAUGAGACUGACCAACGGGUCAGCGAGGAAUAUCCGCUUCCAGAACCUCUCAGAGAUGAACCGCCCCGUGAAACGUACCCCCAUCCUGACUAUGAGUACCGAGUGUGAGUAUGGCAGAGAAGGACAACCACUCACUUUUUCUACUCAAAGGGUUUUUAAACCUAAGGUUUACAUGCUAUAAUUUAUAGCUUUCCUACUUUGAAUUCAGCCUUUAAAAACAAUUUAUUAACAAUAAUAAUAAUAAUAAUAAUAAACAUAACAGCUAUACCUGGAUCCUCAAUACUACACACUAUCCAAAAAAAGACACUAUUCAUCCAGUAAUACAACCCAAAUGAAACAAUCCACUAACACAAGUCACACUCUAUACAGCAAUUGUCCAAUGAAAUAAACUGUCACCAGCAAGCUAGAUAACCAAUGCAUUACACACUCAACACAAUACAAACAGUAAUACAACAAAAGACUGCGCCGCACCUCAAAAGACAAAAACUGAUGCAAUACAACACCGGGAAGAGUUUGCACACUCCCAACAAAAGAAAAGAACACAUAAUGCUGCACACAGCCCAGCAACAUGGAGGUGCAGCAGGUGAAGAGUAGAAAUUUACCUGAAACAAUGAUAAUAAUAACAAUAAUAAUGCUUUCUUUAUUAACCACUAAGGCUUCACAAAAAAUGAUGGGAACAGUACAAUGUGGCAUUACAUGAAAGACAUGUAAAAAAAACCAAAAAAAAUUACUAAAAUACAAAUUUUAACAAAAAAUAAUUCCCCACUGGAGGGGAACUACCUAGAGCUGCUCAUGGAAGCCUACGAAAUCACACAUGACCUGACCUCUAGAGCAAGUGCCCUCUCCACAUCGUCUGCAGGCGUAUGUUUAGAAGAGACACAUUCACUCAUACCCUUCUUGCCACAUUCACCCACUUUAAAACAAAAUUUGCCCCUCUACUUUCACUUUCUUUUUCAAGUGAAACUUGAAAACGUCAAUGGCCAAAGAGGGAAGUAUCUGUCUUCUGCCCAUUCAAUAUGGUCAACCACACAACCUCUUUUGCCAAGGCCACCAAACAAACUGAUGAUGAUGGUAACAACAUUAAUCCAAUAAACCACUGAGGAAGUCUCUACAUGGUUGUUCAACCUGCUAGAUAUAGCAGCCAAAUCUACCUCGAAUUACAUUCUACAAUCUUCAAAGAUGACACUGUGGUAUAAUGUUCAGUGAAGUACAUUAUACCAGAUAAAGCAAACCCCUGCCUCACCCAAAAAAAAUGAUAAUAAUAAUAAUAAUAA